ACACAACUGCAAAAGUUGGAAGACUAAAAAUCAUUUCUGAAAGGUAUCUCACCUAAACCUUUCCUAUGAAGGCCCAGACAUGCUUGUGUGGUGCUACUUUUUUUACCCAAUCAUUUCUGAAAGUCUCUCUCUUGAUUUAACUCACUAAAUAUCUAAAAACUAUCUUAAAGCCAAAUUAAAGCUUAAUACAGUAUGAUGACCUCAGCAUCCUUUAUAUACCAUGCUCUGAAUGUCCAGAGGUUGUGGCGUUUUGGAGGGCAGAGAAAACAGUCAACAGAGUAAAACAGAAAUAUUGUAGCAAAUGACAAGAAUGCCUCUUUCUCCCUUUUUAUUUGUGAUUUAAGCAUUGGCUAUUUGGCUCCAUAGAGAGGAGAGAUUUAAAGGACCAUCACAAGGACAGGACCAGUCUGUUGCCAGGGCUAUCCUUACACAAGUACACUCCAUUAGUUGGUCUGCACAAUGGCAGUUUCAUGUGAGGUGGAGGUGGGAGGGCUGGGUCUUGAUCUCUGGUAGAUGUCAGAUGUCACAAGGCUUAAUUGAAAUAUGCAAUUUCAAUCCCUUGUAGAGAUUUCAGAGAACUGAUUCACAUUUCAAACUAUGUUUUCAAGAAGAUAAAAUGAUCUUAUAUUUCACCAUUGAGCAGGCAAGUAGCUGAAGUCGCUAAUAAGGUCAGUGGUUGGUAUCAAAUGGGCAUUUCACUUCUCGUGACAUUUUUUUUUUUGCUAAAUUUGACUCAUGACCGAUAAGACCCACUGCUGCAACUGAUGCCAAACUGACUGCAGCUAACACUUACCCUUUUAACUCAAAAGUGAUAAAAUUGCCCUUGAUCUUGUUUGACAACUACAUAUGUGAUUUGGAUCUUAGCCAAAUAGGUUUUAAAGUGUUUGAGGUAAUCCAUGGUAUGUAUUGAGGAAAGGAUUGCUGAUACAAGGUGGUUAAAUAUUAUGUGUUGUGUAACAGUGAGAAAAGCAGGCCCACAGACUGCACACUGGUCAGAUGCUGGUUAGGGGAGGAGUACCCUUUAUAAAAGUCUGGGAAACAUUCAACUUGGUUCUCACAGAUUGGUCAUGAUGGCAAAGCUGGGAAUUUUGGUGGCUGUUGCUGUGUUUCUGGAGACGGUCUCUGCGGCCUCUCUUGGGGUGGUGUACACAGAGGGAGGCAUGGUGCAGGGGGAGAACAUUCGUCUUGGGUUCCGCCGUCACAUGGACGUCUUCAGGGGGAUUCCCUUUGCGGACAUUCCUGGACGGUUUGAGAAACCAAAGCGUCACCCUGGCUGGGACGGUGUUCUGCAGGCCACUAAGUAUAGGAGGAGGUGCCUUCAGCUGAACCUUAUCAUGACUGACACCAGAGGCAGCGAGGACUGUCUUUAUCUUAACAUCUGGGUUCCUCAUGGCCGCUCAGUUUCCACUGGUCUGCCGGUCAUGGUCUGGAUCUAUGGAGGAGGCUACCUGGUUGGAGGUUCGAUGGGUGCUAACUUUCUGGACAACUAUCUGUACAGUGGGCAGGAGAUUGCAGACAGAGGAGAUGUUAUCGUGGUGACACUAGGAUACCGUGUGGGAACUCUGGGUUUCCUGAGCACUGGAGAUGCUAGCUUACCUGGAAACUAUGGUCUGUGGGACCAGCAGGCUGCCAUCGCCUGGGUGCACAGGAACAUCCGAUCAUUCGGAGGAGACCCCGACAACCUCACCAUCUUUGGAGAGUCUGCAGGUGGAGCUAGUGUCAGCUUCCAGACUCUCACUCCCCACAACAAAGGGUUGAUCAAGAGAGCCAUCUCCCAGAGUGGAGUCGCCCUUUGCCCAUGGGGUGUCAUUAGGAACCCCCGCAAGGUCGCUGAGCAGGUUGCUCUGAAGGUCAACUGCCCCACCGAUGACACUAUGGUUGCCUGUUUAAAGAUGACAGAUCCUGUGCUCCUAACAAUGGCUGGUACUAUGAAACUGGCCAGCUCACCCGAUGCCCCCCUUGUACACAACCUGGUCCUGUCAGGUGUAAUUGAUGGGGACUUCCUGCCAGAUGAACCUUACAACUUGUUCCACAAUGCGGCUGAAAUUGACUACAUCGCUGGAGUCAACGACAUGGAUGGACACCUCUUUACUGGUUUAGACGUCCCUUCAAUCAAUUCCCCCCUGGUGGACACAUCUGUUAAGGAUGUGAAGAGGCUCCUGGCUUCAUACACUAAAGAGAAGGGCCAGGCUGGUUUGGACAAGGCCUACUCCACAUACACCUCAACAUGGGGCGCAAAUCCCAGCAGGGAAACCAUUAAGAGAACAGUUGUGGAGAUUGGAUCAGACUACAUCUUCAUUGUCCCUACACAGGCUGCCCUUUACCUUCAUGCUGCCAACGCCACAACUGGUCGCACCUAUUCCUACUUAUUCUCCCAGCCCAACCGUAUGGGUGGCAUUGGCAGACCCUACCCCAGCUGGAUGGGAGCCGACCAUGCGGAUGACCUGCAGUACGUGUUUGGAAAGCCUUUCACCACACCACUGGCAUACUGGCCUCGCCACCGUGAUGUCUCUGGAUACAUGAUCGCCUACUGGACCAACUUUGCCAGAACUGGAGACCCAAACAAAGGGAACCUGAGAGUGCCAGUUACAUGGCCCAAAUUCACCAGCAAUGGAAACCAAUUCCUGGAGAUCAAUUCUAGUAUGGACAAGAGCUAUGUACAACAGAAGAUGAGGAUGCGCUAUGUGCAUUUCUGGACCAGCAUCCUGCCCAGCCUUCCCACAGUGAGCUCAGAAUAAAGACCACCUGUGUGCCUGCAGUAUGGACCUGUAG